GGCAUGGUACGUGGUGGAGGCAUCCCAUUCGCCACUUUCCGUCUCUCUCCUCCCUUCUUUACUUCUCUCGCACACAAUGCUGCAGGGAGAUAUGGUUGGGAUGACAUGUGACAUGGCCAAGAUUUCUUAACAUAUUUAAAUCAAGCAUAUCUCGCCUUCCACUUGGAUUCUCUCCCCCCUUCUCUCUCUUCCAAACCCUAGAGGAAGAAAAAGCUAGGUUUCUUCCACACCCUGUUGGCCUCCCAAUUCCCAUCGACCCGCAGCUUGUUUUGGCCCCAAUUGGCCGGCUUCUUCGGCCGCGGAGUAGAAGGUGAAUCACUGCGGAAGAAGUGAUAGGAAUUACUUGCUGUUCGCACGCUUAUAUUUCGCUCCAGUUGAGGAUGCACUGAAGUUAUUGUUAUGUUAGUUUCAUGUGAUGGAAGUAAGUUUUUUAGAGGAGCUAGACUUCAAAGGCAAGGAAUCUGUUUUUGAUUCUAAUUCUUGUCAUUCACUAGUAGAAUUGAGAUCCAUCGAGCAAGCAGCAGCUGAUGAUGACGAAGAAGCAAACAAAUGUGAACAUUUUACUAUUCGUGGAUAUGUUGCGAAGGUUCGGAGGAGAAAUGCAAAGGUUUUCUGGCCUUUACUUUCGCAUCAUAAUCAGACAUCAGGUGAACUAGCCAGCUCACUUCCUCCACUACCUGUUACUAAAUUUAGAUGGUGGAAUUGCAAAAAGUGUCUUAGUGAGAUCAGUACUCCCAAAGAUUUGAUAACAGAUGGAGCAGUUACAAAUGUUCAGAAUGAUGAGGUAAAUACUUGCAAAACAUCUUUUCUAAUAAAUACCGAUGCAACAAAUUUGCUUUCUGGCUUUCAACAACCAUCUGAAGAGAAAAUACUAGAUGGAAGAUUGGUUCAAACAGAUUCUUCUGUUAACGUCAGUAAUGGUGAGUGUAGCCCAUCACUAUGCCUUGACAAGAAAAAAAAUGCAUCAACGAGCCAUGGCCUGACCAAAGAAGGUCUCCAAAUUCCCAAAGGUGGCCUUGAUAUAUCUGAAGAAAUUCAGAACCAGUCGAGGAAACCUACUAUUUUUGCAGCAGAACCUACAGUUGCUCCAAAAGAAUAUGAAAUGCCACUGGGAAUAGACAUCAGCAUUCCAAAAGCUGAUGCUCUAGCUGCUAUUUCAGCUCAUAUGUCUGAUCAUGAUUCGAUGCGUUUGAACAAGAGGCACACCAAAGCAUCUGACUGUAGCAUGGGUUUGCCUAAUUAUGUCAAUGAAAACCAAGAUCCUUCCAGUCAACUUGGUAAUUCAUCUGGAAGAUUUCACCAUAAAAAGUCUCGGAAGGUGCGUUUAUUGGAUGACAUCAUAAGAAGUGAGGAGUUAUGCGCGUCUAAAAAGGUUCACAUUUUCAGUGGAGAUACAGAUACCAGUCAAAUUAAGCAUGAUAAUGAUACACGGCCAGACACAUCAAACUGGAAGCUUAAACAUCCAGAUAAUCAAAGCCAUCUAGCUACCCGAAAUAUUCAAGAAACACCAACCAUGGAGACUUCCCAAAAUGAAGAUGAGGAGAAUUCCCUAAUGGAUUGGCUGAAGAAAGUGUCUAGAAAGGCUGUUGGACAUAAAGAGCAUUCAGAAAACAAGCACAUUGAUGCUGCAGUUGGUAUAUCUUCCGGUUCAUCUUCUGGGAAAGGACCAAACAGAUAUAAGUUACAAAGUGCUUUGGAAAAAGAAAAUAAAAUGCGUCCACUAAAACCUGGUUGGCCUUGCCUUGUGCCCCAACAGGAUAUUUUUAAUGCCGAAGAUGUAUCAACCAGACUUCUCAAUGCCAAAAUUGAUAAUAAUAAAUCAACAGGAUGCAUAGUCUCUAAGAAGAGCCUGCAUCGUGGCCCUGAAAUUCCAGAAGGGACCAAUACAAAGGCUAUCUUGACUAAUAAGAAGAAUAAAGCAACUCCUGUUGAGGAUAGGUUAAAGGUGAAGAAAAAAGCAAUAAAGAAGCAAAAGACUACAAAUAUAUGUGUACAGGAAGGUUUAGAUGGCAUCCCAAUGGAUAUUGUUGAACUCUUAGCCAAACAUCAGCACGAAAGACAUCUGAUGAGUGCUGGUGUUGCUGCUGAAAACAUGUAUAAUCUGUCAGAAAUGACUGGAAACAUGAGGGAUGAUUGCAGACUAAAAGCCUGUGAUUCUUUUAAUUUUCGUAAACAGAACCUUCAUAUUGAUCUGAAUCAACAACCAACAGAGUUCCUGGAACUUUCACAAUGUAGUGGAGAUCCACUUAGUAGGCUGGAGCACCCUGUUACUGUCUCCAAUGACACUGAUGGGACAUCAGUGCCAUUAAAUGGCACAGCCUUUGAAAACAUCUCUAGGAAGCAUUAUGCUGACUUCAAUUCUGUGAAUGUGGUUUCACAUGAUUCAUGCCUUGACCAAAGUCUGAAGACUGUAGAUCAAAAGAUUGAUUGCCAUGAUUUACAUGAUUCAAAGUUUACCAGUUUUCAGCUUCUACUUGGCAAGGAAAAAGCCAAGUCAUCAAUCAGUGUAUGUCCUGAUUUGGCAGGAAAUGGAUGUCAUUCUAGAACAAUCGAGCCAUUGGAUUUACAUGCUAAUGAAACCAUAUCAGCAUUGCAUUUGCUCAGGCUAAUGGAUCGAACAGCAGGGUUGGGUGCAUCAAAUACAAAUCAAUCAAGAUCUGUUUUAGAGUCUUACUUAAAUUGUACCGAUCAAUUCAAGGAAUUACAGGGGUUAGAAUUUGGAUUCGGAACUAAAGAGAUGCCUAAUCAUCCAAGGGGAGCUGGGUACUCUGAUCAAGAUCAGCAUCAAGGGAAUUCAAGCAAGCCACUCCAUCCAGUUCCUAUAAUCAGUGUUCUUGGAUCUUUGUUGCACAAAGAAAUUGUUACUAAAUCAAACUAUUGUCAAAUUCUACAGGGCUUUCAGGCCAGGCAUCCCAAUGAUUUGCCACUGCACAGUAUUAUUAAAAAGGUGAAAACAGAUGCCUCUUACUCAGCCAUUCAAUCUGAAGUUCGAAAAACUAUGACCUCUAUGUACAUGGGUGUAAAUUCUAAAGAGAUAUUUUCUGGUUUAGACCCUGUUGCACACUCUUCAUUGUCUCUUGCAAGGUAUGAGAUUGAUCAGGCUGGAACUAGCAAUAGGGAUAGAGCAGUUCAGACUCUGAGAAGUCACUGUGAGUUUGGAAACUGUGUCGUUAAUAGAAACCCUGCUGACUUUGCUACACCUGAUGAAGAUGAGUAUAUGGUAGGGAGCAAUGAUCCAAGAACCAGAUAUAUAUAUCCUUCUCCAAAAAGCCUGCUGUAUCAAACUCAUCCAGAUGGACGUGAGCAGCAGCUAGUGAUGAAGCUCACUGCUUUAAAGGGCUUAUGAGGAGCGAAGAUUUAUGUGAGUUUCAAACUUGAUGUUGUUUGUAAGAGUUUCGAUAGGCGUCUGAAUUCCUUUAAUGGUUAUGUAUGUAUGUAUGUAUGUAUAUAUGCAUGCUUGGGAUUUAGUUUGCUUGUAUUAACCCUUGUCAAUGUCAUAGAAUGGGUUUAAAAGUGGAGGCUGCUGCAAUUGAGUUA